GCCUGCGACGCUGAGCCCAGGAAUGGCUGCCAGACUGCUGUUUACUGUGUUGUAUUAAUAGAAUUGAGGCCAUGCACCCCCCUCCCCAUUGACUAUACAAGAAAUGCAGUCAUCUUCAGUCUAUCAAGCACAUGUGCAGCCAGACGCUUGUCUGCUGGAUUUUGAGCAGUGAAGUCGGGCCGAAUAAACAGAAGUCAGGGCUUUUGGUGUAAACAAGUUGUCUCGCAGAGCACCUCAGAAAACAGCUUUUCCAAGUUUAAGAUCAGGCAGAGAGGAACAGAGACGGGCGAUAGUCACAGGGGAUUGACAUAGUCUGGCAUUUACUAAGCAACUUAAGUAGGGCAACGUAGAUAAAAACACCAGACAGCUUCAAUGACUCUUUUAAAUCAUUUUUUGAAGAAAAUGAUAUGAGGAGGAAACAUUUUCCUGAAGGGACACAAGCUCUGUCAAAGUGGAAGUCUUGCUGAGCUGGUUAACCAGUCAAGGUUGGUGCUUUGAUAUGUUUCGUGUGUACGUGGACCGACUUAGAAUAUCCUGAGGGCAAAAGUGAACAGUGUUCUUGAAUGUAUUGUUCUUGAAUGUGAGGCUAAGAAGGAAAAUCGAAAGAUACCGAUUUGUGAGGCAGCUCAAACCGUGUCAACAGAGAGCUGGCCCUAUUUAUGUUUUGAACUUGAAUGAUUAUAUUACACUAUAUUUGAGUGAGUGAUGAAGGGAGGUGAAGAUGAUGAUGAUGACGUGUGGAAUGCAUCAGCAGUAAUUCUGGAUAUUGACUCAGGGUCUUGGGCCGACCGCUCUGCUCUUCAUGAUGCUGCCAGCCAAGGACGUUUGCUGGCUCUCAAGACCCUUAUUGCACAGGGCCACAGCGUGAAUGUGCUGACAAUAGACCACGUUAGCCCUCUUCAUGAGGCGUGCAUAGGGGGCCAUGUUAACUGUGCCAGAGCCCUGAUAGAUGCUGGAGCCAACGUUAAUGUGACAACUAUAGAUGGAGUGACGCCAUUGUUUAAUUCCUGCUCAGCUGGCAGUUUGGAAUGUCUAGAGCUGCUCUUGCAGUGUGACGCCAGACCACAGGCCCUGGCUGUAUGCCAGCCUUCACCUAUCCAUGAGGCAGUCAGCAGGGGUCACAGUAAGUGUGUGGAGGCACUGAUUGCGUGGGCUGUUGAUGUGGACUAUGAAAUCCCUCACAUGGGCACUCCUCUCUACAGUGCUUGUCGAUGUAAGGAGUUCUUUUGUGCCCGCAAACUGCUUGAUGGAGGUGCAAAUGUGCAGAGAGGUGCACAUUUGGAGACUCCUCUUCAUGCAGCAGCCCAUAAAGACUGUACAAGCAUAGUGAAGCUCCUGCUGGAAUUUGGGGCAGAUGUAAAUGCACGCAACCUGGAGUAUAAGCGUCCCGCAGAGGUUGCUCCUCCAGGGAGCCUUACAGAAGGAUUCCUAUUGAUUUAUGAAGCGACGCCCCGUUCUCUGCGUCAGCUCUGCCGUCAGCGAAUCAGGGAGAGUUUGGGACGUUCCCGACUACAUCUUCUUUCACAUUUGCCCCUCCCCAAAGCUAUGAAGAACUUUCUACAAUAUAGAUAACAUCAUUAUGUUUGCUGGCAGGCUAUCUUAGUAUUAUUAACUUAUAGUUUGACUUAGUAUAACUAAUCAUUUUAAAUAAUAAAAUCUGUUUUAAAUUUAUCAAUUUAAUAAUAAUAAUUGUCUCCCAUUUCUGUGGCCUGAUUUACCAUUGGCCACUGAUGUCUUUGGUGUAUAAAUAAACUUGUGAAUGGUA